CCAACUCUGGAGAUAAACAGAUUUGGGGUGAUACAAGAUAUAAAAAACAUAGCUCACACAACAAGAGGGGAGCAAAACCCAAUGGAGAAUGGGAAUCAUCAACCUACCAAUGGUUCGGUUAUGCACCCAACCAAAACGACAGGAAAAGUCAUCACUUGUAAAGCUGCGGUGGUACAUGGACCGGGGGAGCCUUUUGUGUUGGAAGAAAUUCUGGUUGAGCCACCGCAGAAAAUGGAGGUUCGGAUCAAGAUCCUCUUCACCUCAAUAUGUCACACUGAUCUGAGUGCUUGGAAAGGAGAGAGUGAAUCUCAGCGAGCUUUCCCUCGAAUUCUAGGCCAUGAAGCUUCAGGAAUAGUGGAGAGUGUGGGAGAAGGGGUGAGUGAUUUGAAGGAAGGAGAUCAGGUGGUGCCGAUAUUCAACGGAGAGUGCGGAGAGUGCGAGUGCUGCAACCACGGGAGGAGCAGCAACAUGUGCAGUAGAUUUGGGGUGAAUCCGACGAUGAGAGUGAUGGUUGGCGACGGAAGGAGUAGGUUUUGGGCCAAAGACGGCACACCAAUUUAUCACUUCCUCAACACCUCAACUUUCACAGAGUACUCUGUUCUUCACUCUGCUUGUGUCGUCAAAGUGGACCCUCAGCUCGCCCCUCAUCUCAAGAAGUUGACUUUGCUUAGUUGUGGAGUUUCCACAGGAGUUGGAGCCGCCUGGAACACUGCCAAUGUCCAACCUGGAUCCACCGUGGCAGUUUUUGGCCUUGGAGCAGUGGGGCUUGCCGUUGCCGAAGGGGCAAGAGCAAGAGGAGCAUCUAAAAUUAUAGGUGUUGAUAUCAACCACACUAAAUUCAGCAAAGGUGGAGCAAUGGGAGUCACAGACUUCAUAAACCCAACUGAGCUGGAGAAGCCAGUGCAUGAAAGAAUUAGAGAGAUGACUAAAGGAGGAGUAGACUACAGUUUUGAAUGUGCUGGGAACUUGGAUGUUCUCCGGGAGGCCUUUUUGUCUACACAUGAGGGGUGGGGAUUCACUGUGGUUUUGGGAAUUCAUCCAACUCCAAGAAUGCUCCCAAUUCAUCCAAUGGAACUGUUCGAUGGUCGAAGAAUAACAGCUUCAGUCUUUGGAGGCUUCAAAGGGAAGACCCAACUCCCUAUUUUUGCCCAACAAUGCAUGCAAGGGGUGGUGGAAUUGGAUAAAUUUAUAACGCACGAGCUUCCAUUCGAGAAGAUCAAUGAAGCAUUUCAGUUGCUUGUAGAUGGAAAAUCAUUGAGAUGCAUUUUGCACUUGUGAGAUUCUUCUCUAAUAUUAUAUAUAUAUAUAUAUAUAUAUAUCUUGAAUGGAAGGUAGUGAUGAAAAUUCUAUAUUUGUGGUGUUUAAUAUGUACUAAAUAAUUAUAUAUAUAUAUAUGAUGAGCUUGAUGUACACUAUAUAUAUAAAGCUAUCAUUUCAAAA